AUGUCCUUCGCCGCACCGGCCUCAACUUUCUUCUCACGACUUCUGCGCCCAUUCUCCACGAGCUCGCCAAUCCACUCCCUGAACCCGGAAUUGCAAGCGCGCAAUAUGUCCUCCACCGAGCAAGCCACCGUCGCCGCCGGCUGCUUCUGGGGCGUCGAGCACCUGUUCCGCAAGACUUUCGGUAACGGCAAGGGCUUGCUGGACGCGAAGGUCGGCUACAGCGGUGGCAACACCUCCUCGCCUUCCUACCGCGCCGUGUGCGGCGGUGAUACCGGCCACGCCGAGGCUCUCCAGAUGACCUUUGAUCCCUCCGUCGUGACCUACCGCCAGCUUCUCGAGUUCUUCUACCGCAUGCACGAUGCUACUGCGUUGAACCGCCAGGGUCCGGAUGUCGGCACACAGUACCGCAGUGUGAUCUUCACCCACGGCGACGAGCAGCAGAAGAUUGCGAAGGAUAUUACGGAUAAGGUUAGCAAGGAGUGGUUUAAGAAGCCUGUUUCUACUCAGGUUGUACCUGCGGGUCAGUGGUGGGAUGCCGAGGAUUACCACCAGCUUUAUCUGAACAAGAACCCGUCCGGUUAUGAGUGCCCUGCCCACUUUGUGCGCAACUUCCCUCCUCUUUCGGAGUGA